UUCCGGCAUAAAAAGAGUGGAGCUAUGCCUUGGAGACGAAAACAUUUCAGCAACAGAAGGAUCGAUAAAGAGGGGAGAAAAAGGUCCCUUAAAAUUCUGGUGUUGCCAUAUUUUUUAACCAAUCUGGAUCCUCCAGACUUCAGCCACAGAUCCGAAGUGCCUUUCCGCCGUUACUCGCCAAGAUGCCCAAAGGAUUCCUGGUGAAAAGGAACAAGAAAUCCGCACAUGUUUCCUACAGGACUCGAACUGAUGAGGAUGAUCUCCAGGAGCUACACACCCCAGCUGCCUUGCCAAGUCACAGGGACCCAUCCCCGCCGAUGUCCGUGGCGUCCAGCCCCGACCGCGCCUCGGUGUCACCAGAUUUCGUUGCUUCCGACGCGCUGGUGCCAAGACUGGAAAAGCCGGAGCAGUUCGGCAAUCCAGAAACGGUGUGCCAAGCCAUCUACAGCCCCACCCGACCCAUCAGCAAGGAGCACGACAGGGGAUAUUUUGAGCGAAGUUUCAACCUGGGCUCGCCCGUUUCUGCAGAGUCAUUCCCCGCAGCAGCCUCUCUCUCUGGCCUGGAUCACCUCCUGUACGCUCCGGUAGAUCUGAAAAUCGGCACCAGCAACAGCAGCCGCGGCGGCGCAGCAAUCGCCACUACAAGCAGCACCAGCAGCAACAGCCUAUCAGCACCAAACAACCGGGGCGCAACCAAGCGACCCGCCACAGAUGGAGCAGAGCGCAAACCGAAAGCCGCCUCAAAAAAACCCAAAGCCAUCAGGAAGCUCAACUUUGAAGACGAGGUGACCACGUCUCCGGUGCUCGGGCUGAAAAUCAAAGAGGGGCCGGUGGAGAUAAAACCCAGAGCGCAGUCCUCCGGGGGAACCAAACCUUUAGGAGAGUUUGUGUGCCAGUUGUGCAAAGAGGCGUACGCGGAUCCAUUCUCCCUGGCACAGCACAAAUGCUCCCGCAUAGUCAGGGUCGAGUACCGGUGUCCCGAAUGUGACAAGAUGUUCAGCUGCCCCGCUAACCUCGCCUCUCACCGCCGCUGGCACAAACCGCGGACCAGCGGUGGCGCGCCGGCGGCGGCGCCCGCGCAGGGCGUCAAGCCAGAAGUGGCCAAAAUGCAGCCGCUGGGCGUCAAGUCGGUCUCCGAUGAAGCCAAAGACACGAGUGACAGAGACACCCCGAGUCCCGGGUGUUCCGAAUCGGGAUCAGAAGACGGCUCAUACGACUGCCAGUUCUGCGGGAAAAGGUUCAAGCGGCAGGCGUACCUGAGGAAACACAUCCUGGCUCACCAGGCCCUGCAGAAGAAGGUGCUGGAGGAGCACGGGUUUCAAACCAGCGAGCGAUCAGCGCCCGAGCAGCCUCCGGUGUCCGCCCCCUCCUCUUCCUCAGCAUCAUCAGAGGAAGCCUCAAACCAAAGCCCCCUGAAUCUGAGCCCGGUGGACUGCCUGCUGUGCCCGGUGUGCGGGGAGAGUUUCACCAGCAGGGCCGGCCAGGAGAGACACCUGCGCCUCAUGCACUCCUCCCAGAUCUACCCGUGCAAGUACUGCCCCGCCACCCUCUACAGCUCACCGGGGCUCACCAGGCACAUAAACAAGUGCCACCCCUCGGAGAACAGGCAGGUGAUCCUGCUGCAAAUGCCGGUGCGCCCCGCCUGCUGAAGAAAAAAAA